AUGACACAGUUACAUGUAAGGGUUAUCGAAGCAAAAGAGCUUCCUAAGAUGGAUACUUUCGGAAAAUGUGAUUGCUUUGCUAUCCUUCAAUUAAAUACUUCUCGCAAUAUUCAGAAAACUCGUGUAAUUCCAGGAACAUACACUCCAGUCUGGAAUGAAGAUUUUCAUUUUCCUUUAGAAGAUAUAACUAUUGAUACUCUUACCGUGUUCUUAAAGGAUGAUGACAAAGGCAGUUCUGAUGAUCCGAUCAGUUUAAUUAAAAUCCCAGUAAGUCAAUUUCCGGCUGGCGAUGUAGUUGAUAAAUGGUAUUCGUUGACACCAGUCAAAGGCGUUAAAAAAGGAGGUCAGGUCAGACUAAAAAUCCAAAUCGCCCCACUCGGAGCUCCUCCGUUCGUACCGAUACAGAAUGGAGCGCCAUCAUCCGCACCACAACCAGCAUCUCCUCUUCCAAGUACUAUUAAAGUAGAUGCAACAACAAAUGCUUCACAGCCUGUAAUUAACGCACCUCCUCCAGCUCAAACGCCACCACAACAGCCAGCAAAUACGAAUACGUAUUCACAACAGCCACAAAAUUUCCAGCAAAAUCUUCAACAGCAACCUGACCUCAGCAAAUACCAAACACAACCACAGCAACCAGCUUACAAUCAAUGUCCGCAGCAAAUGCCGCCACAACAAAAUCCACAAUAUCAAUAUCCUCCUCAGCAGCCAGGAAUGUAUCCACAACAGCCACAAAUGCAAUACCCUCAACAAACUAUGCAAUACCAGCAAAAUCCAAUGGCAGUUGCCCAACCUCCAACUGGAAUGUAUCCACAACAACAGCUAGGAUACCAAUACCCACAGCAACAAGCUGGUUAUCCACCACAACAACCAUUGCAAUACCCACAGCAGCCAGGAUAUCAAUAUCCGCCACAACAAGCUGGAUAUCCUCAACAACCAGGCAUGUAUCCACCACAACAAGGUUAUCAGUACCCUCAAAAUGGAUAUCCUCAGCAAGGAUAUCAAUAUCAACAAACUUAUUAA